AUGAAGUAUCACCUAGCUUGCAUUCGGGGAAAUAUUGCGGCUUGUAAAAAAGUUCCGGAUGAUGUUCGCAAGCAAAUGGCGGGGUUUCUUACUUCAUCAAACCAAAAGGAGAAAGAUUCAUUUGAUAAUGCAUAUGAAGAAGUUGAAGAAGAUGAUGUUCAAGAAUUUAGUCCUCUAAUGAAGUCACAACAAAAGACAACAACAAUAGAAAAAUCUUUGGGAAAACGGAAGGCCAAGGAUUCCAUUGAGAAAUUUAUGGUUCCAAGGACAACCCCGGAGUCUCAACCAGGAAUCAAGAGUGCAUUUGCGAACAAACAAGCAAUUCAGAAGGCGCAUUUGGCUUUUGCACAGUGGUUUUAUGAUUCAUGCAUUCCAUUUAAUGCAUUGAAGUCACCUUAUUUUCAGGUAGCGCUGGAUGCCAUUGCUGGGAUUGGAUCUGGAUAUAAAGGCCCAUCUUAUAAUAAUAUGAGGAUUCAUUUACUAAAGAAUUGUAAAAAGGAAUGCCAGUUGCUUGUUGAUAACUUUAGAAGCAAUUGGGCUAGUUCUGGAUGUACGAUUAUGGGCGAUGGUUGGAGUGAUCAAAGACAAAGAACUUUGAUCAAUUUUUUGAUGUAUUGUCCUAAUGGCAUAUCUUUCAUAAAAUCUGUUGAUGCAUCAGAUAUGGUUAAGGAUGCCACAAAUUUGAUGAAUUUGUUUUCAGAGAUUGUGGAAUGGGUUGGGCCUUCAAAUGUUGUACAUUUGGUGACAGAUAAUGCUAGUAAUUAUGUUGCCGCAGGUAUGUGA